CCCUCAUUCAUUUGCGAUACUUUGGCCAUUGCUAACAGUUAACUUCUUGUAGGUUACUAUUACAAUCCAUUGACUUGCGUUAAUAUAUUUGCUAAUAGCUUGUUUGUUUUAAUAGAUAUAACCAAAUGUCCGACGUUCUACACCGCCCGGGCUUCCGUAAACGACUUCGUAAAGGAGCUCGAAACUUUUUCUCAAGAUUAAUACCCUGCGUACGACGACCGAAACUUGAAGACCCUUUGGAAGAUGACACAGAUUUUUCUUCACCGUUAUCAUCAGACAUCUCCUUGAUGACAACUACAGAAGAAGAUUUCCCGAGAAAUCUCAAUCAAUCUGCUAUAAUUCCUCGUAUUGAGGACUUACCCUCGACCGACACCGAUUCCUUUGAUGAAGAAUUUCACAAACCAUCAGAGUUUGGUAAGUUAUUAAUGCAUUUUCUCAUUUUUUUUUACUAUAUAUUAUAAACUACCUACUCGAUU